AUACAUAUAUUAGGGUUUAUUCACAGGUUUUUCAUUUGUAACUGGGACGAAAGGCGCAAUGGGCGUUGUUCGAGAAGAUGAAUUGGAUGGUUUCUUGGAGAUCGCUGUGGAUGCCGCAAAGCAAGCCGGCCAGAUAAUCGCUGGUAGCUUUCACAGCCACAAGAAUGUAGAGCAUAAAGGAAAGGUGGAUCUGGUAACAGAGACGGAUAAAGCUUGCGAGAAGCUUAUUUUUGAGCUCUUGCAAAAGCAUUUCCCGGAUCACAAGUUUAUCGGCGAAGAAACCUCGGCUUUGAAUGGAACCGCGGAGCUAACCGACGAGCCAACGUGGAUUGUUGAUCCGCUGGAUGGCACCACAAACUUUGUGCAUGGAUUUCCUUUUGUCUGCGUUUCGAUCGGCCUCACGAUUGGGAAGGUACCUUCGGUCGGAGUUGUAUACAAUCCCAUACUGAACGAGCUCUUCACCGCUGUCAAAGGAAGAGGUGCCUUUCUCAAUGGCAGCAAAAUCACUGCAUCAUCUCAGGACGAGAUUUAUAAGGCUUUGCUUGCCACAGAGGUUGGAACGAAGCGAGACAAAGCGACUGUGGACGAAACCACUGACAGGAUCAACAACCUUCUUUAUAAGAUUCGCUCCCUGCGCAUGACCGGAUCUUGUGCGCUCAACCUGUGCGGUGUCGCUUGUGGAAGGCUGGAUAUCUUCUACGAGCUGGGAUUCGGAGGCCCUUGGGAUAUCACGGCAGGAGUUGUGAUUUUGCAAGAAGCCGGAGGGCGUGUGUUUGAUCCGUCGGGAGGGCCAUUGGAGCUCAUGUCCCAGAGAAUCGCGGCCACGAAUUCACACCUCCAGGACGCUUUCCUGGAGGCGUUACACAAAGACUGACGAGAACAAAGACGAGUCUCUCUCCAUUCAUUCAUUUACACUUUCAUGGACAAGAGCAAGAAAAACGAUGGCUGAUUUAUAUCUUCAUGUAGAAAGAAACACCACAAAGGAAAGCAAAGAAACAUUCUUUCUCUUCG